AUGUUCCCUCAUCUCCCAAACCCAAUCUUUGACGCCGCCCUCUACUGCGAGGAGGAGGAGCGUUUUGAUGACGAUGGGUUCGUUUCGAAAGACCCACAAACCAACGAUUUAGAUCAGAUUCAAAAAACCCCGUUUGCCCUCUUCGAGCAUGACCUUUUCUGGGAAGACGACGAGCUCGCCUGUCUCCUGUCGGAGGAGAAGAAACAGCUUCGUCUGUUUCACGAUGCAAUAAAAUCAGAUGGGUGUCUGAAAACGUCGAGAGACGAGGCCGUUAAGUGGAUGCUCAAGGUUGUCGGGCACUACGGCUUCGGCGCGUUGACCGCUGUUUUAGCCGUCGAUUAUUUCGAUAGAUUUAUUGCGAGCAUUUGUUUCCAGCGGGACAAACCUUGGAUGGGUCAAUUGGCCGCCGUUGCUUGCCUUUCGAUUGCUGCUAAGAUGGACGAAACUCAAGUUCCUCUCUUGCUAGACCUACAAGUGGAGGAGUCUAAGUACUUGUUUGAAGCAAAGACCAUUCAGAGAAUGGAGCUUCUUGUUUUGUCGACACUUAAGUGGAAAAUGAACCCUGUGACACCAAUGUCCUAUUUCGACCACAUUGCGAGGAGAUUUGGGCUGAUAAAGAAUCUGCAUUGGGAGUUCUUGAGGACUUGUGAGGGUGUGAUCCUCUCAAUCAUCACUGAUUGUAGGUUGGGCCAUUAUGCACCUUCUACCAUUGCUUGUGCCACAAUGAUUCAUGUGAUUCGAGAGAUUGAAAACGAUGAUGAUUAUCUAGACUUCGAGGGCCGAAUCGCAAACUUGCUGGAAACUAGCAAGGAUAAGAUCGACGAUUGCUGCAAGCUCAUCAUGGAGGCUUCAGACGAUAAUCCUAGGGGUAGAUUGUGCAUCAAGCGUAAGCACAGUUCGAUGCCCUGCAGCCCGAGUGGCGUGAUUGAUGCCUAUUUCAGCUCGGAUAGCUCAGUCGACUCGUGGGCCAUAGGAUCAUCCAUGUCACCGUCUCCCGAGCCCGUGUUCAAGAGGAGCAGAGCACAUGAUCAGCACAUGAGGCUUGCCCCAUUGAGCAGCGAAUCCGGCUGGCAUGCCUAA